UUUAAGGGCCUGGAGCUGGCAGCCACCAGGUGCCUGAUGAGGGCAGCCAUUUUGGAGGCAAGGGCUGCCUAUAUAAACAGGGCAGUUUGGCUGCUGAAGGCCAGGCAGCAAUAUCGCCUGGCUGGAGGGCUGCUGAGAACAUUCUGGAGGAUCGUUACCUUGACGUGGUGGACAGGCUUCCGUGUUCCAAUGACACCGAGAGUGAUGCCAUCUGGAGCUCAUGCUCCUGGUAAGGCCACCCAUGGCGGCAAGGUCAAGGGGGAGGUUCCAGACAAAAAAUGAUCCAAUAAGUCCUCAACAGUGGAGCAGGCGGAGGAAGGCUGCAGCCCCAACAGCUGUGAAGGUGGAAGAAGGCUGCAAUGGAGAAGUGGCCCCAGUCAUCAUGGUUUGCCAUGCCACUUAACCUGGCCACCAACCCCCAAGACCAUGUAGGCCCGACUGCGCACCAGAGUCCCCACGCUAAACAUGCCAUGCACAAGCUUCUGUCAGGUCCAAAACCCCUGUAGCAAUGGAGGAUUGGUGACGGGGACAGGGCUGUGAUACCUGAAGGCCUCCAGCCAAGAAUCUGCACAGAGGCAGCAGCUGCACAAUGGUCAUUGGGCACCUGUGUCAGGACAGGGGUGUCCUUUGGCAGCUGCAUCUGCGACUGAGCAGUCCUUUUUAGGAUACCCUCUACUCACCCUGAUGGGGAGGGGACUAGAAAAGAUGCGAUAAAAAUAGGCUAUCCCAUCUCUCCUGGCUGGGAAGCCACACCCAGCAGGAUCACCAUUCCUGUGGUCAAAAUAAGAAAAAGCGAAACUUUAGAACCUGGAAUAUGAGAACGCUCAUUGACAACCCAAAGACCGAUCGCCUGGAAAGAUGAACUGCGGUCAUGGCUUGGGAGCUAGUAAGGCACAACAUCGAUAUCACUGCUCUCAGUGAAAUCCGUCUCACUGCGGAGGGACAACUGAGGGAGGUCAGCGAAGGGUACACCUUCUUCUGGAAAGGGAAACCAGACUGUGACACCCAUAUCCACUAAGUCGUUUUCGCCAUCAGGAACAAGAUCGCUGACAUGCUCCCUUCAGGUGUCAAUGAAAGGCUGAUGACCCCUCACCUGCACCUCAGCCAAAACCAACACUCCACUGUCAUCAGCACAUAUGCUCCAACUCUGGAUUCCAAUGAGGAAGUCAAGGAAAGGUUCGAUUCCAAUCUCGACAAUGCCCUUGCCUUCAUUCCCAGGGACAACAAGUCAUUCUCCUGGGCAACGUCAAUGCCAGGGUUGGACGUGACCACAAAAAUCUGGACCAGAACUAUCAGGAAGAAUGGCAUAGGGAAGGCCAAUGCCAAUGGUAUCCUGCUCCUGACCAAAUGCGCCCUACACAGUCUUAUCGUGAUGAACACCAUCUUCUGCCAGAAAGACCGGCUCAAGACCAUGUGGAGGCAUCUGAGGUCAGAGCACUGGCACCUCUUGGACUACAUCAUAGUCUGAGGUAGAGACCUGUGGGAUGUGCUUGUCAUGAGGGCCAUGAAGGGAUCGGGAUACUGCUGGACAGACCACCAACUUGUGCACUCAGUGAUGAAUAUCCGCCUGGCGCCAAGUCACUGGAAGAUCCAGAAAGCCGCCCAGAGACGGCUGAACGUCACAGCUCUGAAGGACCCUGGACAGUGGGAGGAGUUCCAGGCCCAGUUGUAUAGUGCACUGGAUCAAGUUCCUACUGCUGAUGACAUCUCCAUCCAGGCACGCUAGGAGCAACUCAAGUCUCCUGUCCAAGACGCAUGCGCUCAGACUGUUGGGUUCACGUUGAAAUGGAACUAGGGCUGGUUUGAUGCCAAUGACACUCAGAUCUGUGAUCUCCUUGAGCAGAAGCGCGCACCCUUCAUCACCUGGCAAAGCCAUCCAUGAACUCAGUGAAAGAUGGCAGCGUACCACCGGCUGAAGGCUGCAGUCCAGCAAUGCAUCCAUGACAUGAAGAACAACAGGUAGGUGGAGAAGGCACACAUAAUCCAGGGCUAUGCCGACCAGUAUGACAUGUGUAACUUCUUCCAGGUUACCAAGACAACCUACGGACCCUGCUCCAUUGGGAAAAAAAAAACCCUCCAAUCACAGGACAGCUCCUGGCUCCUCAAGGACAAUGAUGCCAUCCAUCUGUGUUGGAAGGAGCAUUUCAAACUCUUCCUUAACCGGGAGUCCACCAUAGCAGAGGAGAUCCUCCAAGCGAUCCCACAAUGCCUUGUGGUGUAUUCCCUUGGCAGUCCACCAACCAAUGGAGAGCUGAAGUGGGCCAUCCAACAGAUGAAAACCAACAAAGCCUGCGGGCCAGAUGGUAUACCCACAGAAGUCUACCAUGUUGGUGGCUUCCAGCUUACAUCACCACUCUACCAGCUUAUCCUCCACCUUUGGAUCCCCAGGGAUCUCAAAAACGCAACAAUCGUGACCAUCUACAAGAAAGGGGACAAAUCUGACUGUAGGAACUACAGGGGGAUUUUCCUCCUCUCCAUUGCAGGUAAGAUCCUGCCCCACAUCCUCCUGAACCACCUUCGUCCCAUUACUGAGGAGAUCCUUCCGGAAACCCACUGCGGCUUCCAACCAUCCCAGGGCACCACAAACAUGGUUUUCGUUGCCAGGCAGAUCCAAGAAAAAUGUCAGAAGCAAAAUCAAGAACUGUUCGUCAUCUUCAUUGACCUGACCAAAGCACUCAACUCCUUAAAUUGUGAAGCUCUGUGGACCACCUUCCAAUGCCUUGGCUGUCCACUGGAGUUUUUCACCAUGCUGAGGCUCCUGCAUGAUGAUAUGACUACCACUGUCCUGAGUGAAAGAUCUGAAACCGACGCCUUUCACAUCUGGACCAGGGUCAAACAAGGUUGUGUGAUUGCCCCCACCCUGUUCACCAUCUACCUGACCAUCAUCAUCCACCUCAUCUGAAAUGAUCUACUAUCCAGUGUCAGUAUCCAGUAUCAACUGGACGGGAAGCUUUUCCAUCUUGAGCACUUCUGAGCAAAAAUGAAACUCACUGUCACAGGGAGAGACAAAAAGGGGACCCAAAAGGAUAAGGGGGGAACCCUAGGAGCAGAAGUCGGGGGAAGAACAGAGGGAAAGAAGCAAAAUUGAAAGAGAGUACUCACCUGCAGCGAGACCCAAGGUGAAGCAGGAACACCAGGAGGAACCUGUGCAAGUCAUCAGCCGCGCUUUCAUACAGCUGCGGCCGGCCAGUGACGUCAGCGGCAAUCACUGGUCAACGGAAAUAAAGAAGAUGGCCAGCAAGGAGACAGGAGGGCAGACGCCGGGAGGAACCCCAGCCAGAGGGGUCGGAAGGAGGCUCAGAGUGGAGCAAGCGGGGCCAGAAGCAGAGGUUCCCAGCGGGAGUGGAGCCAAUGCCUCACGCAGUGAGGGAGGAGCUGCUGCCGGCAGGGAAGGCAAAACUGCACUCGGAGCACUAGCUCCGGUGCGGAGAAGGGAAGGGCUGGAAGGCAGGGACUGGAGAGACCCCAAAGCUCAGCAGUCACCGCGAAGAAGGGGGAGGCACUGACUCAUCAUCCAAGCUAUCGACCAGGUGGGAUGGUGAAGGGACCCAGGGGGCCCCGAAGGUAUGCCCCAGAGACAGGAGCAUUGCCGGGAAGCCCCAGAGAGAGGAAGGCUUCAGUGAAGAACUCCUGAGGAGAGGGCAGGAAUAUCAGGAGCCAGAGUGAGGAAGGGAAGGAAGCACAGGGAUAACCCUAUGGUCUUGCGACCAUGGGGGGCGGGAACCUCAGAUAUCCUCUCAGCAACCCCCCUACCCACUUUAGGGGCUAUGAUUGGGCCUUAGGGGCCAAACGUGAGUACUGAGGGGUACUUCGGGGGUGGUAGAGACACCCGGUUACGUUGAAGGUUUGUUGUAGCAUAUUUUGUGUUUUCCUAUGUUUGGAGGGGUUGAGUGAAAGGAGACGCGAAGAGAGCUGGUGGUUGGGUAAGCCUCAGGACCAAGGGGUCAACAGCAAAGGACAUCAGUGGGCCCGAAAGCGGGAGAGACCUAAGGAAUCCAUCGUGCGGGAGUGUGGGCGCAGAAUCAACAGUGGCCUGCCAGGCUGGGUAUAAGGGCGAGGUAAAGGGGAGGUGGAGCCUCGCAGAAGUCCACCAGAGAAACAAGUAGCCCGCAAGGGAAUCUGAGCAGUCCUGAACCCCCACACUGUAUUAAGAUUCAAAGUCGUGGCAGGAGAGACAGGGCAGGACUGCAUCAGGAGUAAACACCACCGUGAAGGGCCACCUGCGACAGCAAGGCGGACACCAGCAUACAUCCGGACCAAAACCGCCUGGGACAAGAUGUUCAAAGCCAGGCAGGUACACUCACCACCAAGGACAUCCAUGACCUUCAGUUUGCGGAUGAUUGCUGCGUGAUGGCUCACUCUGCACAAUGUGUGCAAGCGACCUUAGAUCUCUUCAAUGCUUCAUAUAAGAGACUUGGCCUGUCCGUGAACGUCACCAAGACAAAGGUUCUCCACCAACACUCCCCAGGCCAGCUGAACAUCCCUCAUGCUAGCUACAUAGAUGGGGAGGCUCUGGAGUACAUGGAGCACUUUCUGUAUCUCAGCAGCCACCUCUCUCAACAGGCUACCAUAGAUGAAGAAUUCUGGCACCAGGUCAGCUGUGCCAGUGUCACCUUCUUCAAGCUGCAACAACGUGUCUUCGAAAAUAGACCUUUGGACGAAGAUCCUGGUUUACAAGACUGUCGUGCUGAUCACCCUCCUCUACUGCAGUGAAACCUGGACCGUCUAUCGACACCACAUUAAGACCCUUGAGACCUUUCACUAGCAGUGUUUGCAUCGAAUCCUGGGGAUCAAAUGAGACGACCACCAGACCAGUGCGAGCAUCCUCCAUAAAGCUGUGUCCACCAGCAUCGAAGCCUUGCUCUUGAGAAAUCAACUCUGAUGGACAGGCCAUUGCAUCUGGAUGUCCAAGAACCACCUCUCUCGCCAGAUUCUUUUUUCUCAGCUCUCCGUUAGCGAACACUCAAAGGGCAGCCAAAGAAAACAGUACAAAGAGACGCUCAAGGUCACCCUCAAGCACAGAGGCAUCACAACACAAACGACUGGGAGGAGCAAGCUGCUGACUGUUCUGGUGUUGCACCACCUGGGUCCACCAAGGCACGCAACUCUUCAAGGCCCAACAACUUGAUACUGAGGCGGAACUGCAGUGGCAGAGGAAGGAGAAGGAGACCAACCCAGAGUUGUGAAUCCCACUCCCACACGCAACAACAUGCCCCCCAUUGUCAAAGAAUGUGUAUAUGCAGAAUUGGGUUCCUCAGUCACCUGAGGACUCAUCAAGCCUGACAGACAUCAUCCUCAACUCUGAGGGACUGCCAAUGAUUACUGUUUGGCUUCUAUUCCAUUUGGGAGAACACAAAACAACAACAAACUCUCCCUAUGCCUGAAUAAGGGUGUUUGUGCCUGAAAGCUUGCAAAGAACAAUUUUUCCAAUUACUUAGUUGGUCUAAUAAAAAAUAUCACAUUUACCCGAAGAAUUUUGUCUGGCUAUAUCACAAAUGUAGUAAGCCAGGAGUCAUAGCUUGUAUUCCUUUCUCUGUAUACUUCUGCUCUACCUCUAGUCUCUCACCCACAGUGCAAAUUCCACCUACAAAACAGAUAAUGGUGGAAAUUAAAAAAAGAAAAAAAAAAGCCAAUCGUUACAAAUAGCAAAGAGCAGACCUGUAUCCUAACUAAUAUUCCCCCUGCUACACGUAGGAAAUAAAAUUAAAAAAUGAAUUACUAGAAUGAACAAUAAAGUAAACCUUUGUUCAGCGUCAGAAAGAGGCAGUUGGGAUCUAAUUAUACAAUGCAAUUUCUGACUAAGCAGAACCUUCAGGAAUGUAUGCUAUACAGAAAUAAAUCAGCUGUCUGGAAAGUAAUAUAUCAGUAAAACCAGGAAGAACUUGGACUCCUAACAAAAAGGUAUUUAGAGACUAAUACCACUGUUGGCUGUCAUUCAAAGCCUACCC